AUGACUACGACUCCCAGCGCCCGGCAGAGCAACCCCGAAAAGUCAGACAUGGUGGCCCAGCUGGCCCCGGUACAGUCGCCGCCCAACCCUCUCCACCCGAGUGUGCAAGAUCGCCUCCAUCCCGAGUAUGUGGCCUUCUACAACAAGUACAUCUUGCAUGCCCAACAGGUCCAUCUGCUGCCGGUCGAGGUGGCUCGGAUAAGCGGAAACGUGCCGCCCAGCCAUAGCAAGCCACUGCCAGUUGGGAAAAUUCACGACCUCUCACUGUCCCGCCGAGAAACCCCGGGCCCGGAGGUGCCCAUCCGCUGCUUUAUUCCUCCCGGCGCACCUCCGCGGUCUGGCUGGCCACUCGUGCACUAUUACCACGGCGGGGGGUGGGUGUUCGGCGACAUCGACACCGAGAACACAGUGUGCACGCACAUUUGUGUCCGCUCUCGAGCCGUGGUCAUCACCACCGACUACAGGCUGGCGCCGGAGGACCCCUUCCCCGCGGCAAUCCACGAUGCAUGGGAAUCCUUUCUGUGGUCGACGUCCUCGCAAGGCCAGGCCCGGCUCAAGCUGGACCUCAGUAGAGUCGCCAUAUCCGGCGCCUCGGCCGGGGCAAACAUCGCGGCGGUCAUCGCGCAGAAGGCCGUGCUCAGGCCCCAGCCCGGCGUGUCGCUGCGGUCGCAAGUCCUGGUCGUGCCCGUGACCGACAAUACGGCCACGCCCUGCUCCAGUCCCACGUGGAAGGCGUUCGAGUUCACAGCCCACCUGCCCGCGAAGAAAAUGCUCUGGUACCGGCACCACUACCUACCGAACCAGGCCGACUGGUCAGGUAGGGAGGCCUCCCCUCUUCUGGCCCCGGACGACGUCUUCAAGCUGUUACCCCGGUCGUAUAUCAUCGUCGGCGAACUGGAUGUCCUGAGGCACGACGGUGAGGAAUACGCCCGGAAGCUCACCGCCAAUGGCGUCCCCACCGAGUUAAGCAUCGCCGAGGGGAUGCCACACCCUUUCCUCGCCAUGGACGCCGUGCUCGAAGCCGGCAGAACGGCCAUCACGAAUAUCUGUGAGGAAUUGAUCCGCGCAUUCGCAUGA